UAAUUUUAUCAUUGGGUAUUUUAGUUAAUUAGCAUAACUACUGAUAAUCCUGUGCGGUAAACCAUAUAUUAUCUAGAAUUCCAAUAUGUCAGAAGGACAGCAAGAAACUGGUGAUUUUAAGAAACCAGCGACACCCCCUGUUUCAGUUGAAAAACAGCAAGAGGCAAUGUUGAUGACGAAAUACAAAGAUCUUCCACCUAAGAAAGGAGGAUUUCUGCAACAACGCCUCGGUAGUCAAAAGAAAUUUUUUGAUUCUGGUGACUACAACAUGGCAAAAGCAAAAAUGGGAGGCAAGAAAAUACCAGCACAAGUCGAACCUAAAGAAGUAACAGGGGAUCACAUGCCAACUCCUGACGAACUGCCUCAAGUACGAAAACCUUCACAGAGCAAGUUAGCAAUGCACUGACUUUUACCUGGUGGAACACUGGAAAGACUAUUGUGAUUCUUUUCAGAAUCUCUUACUUUUUAUUUAUCACUAUUUGCAGAUUUGCAUCACAAUUACAUGGCAAGCUUGUCCUCAAUAUGUUACUCUUUGCACGCAGAGGUAUUGAGUAAUGUGAUUGUGUUCGUAACACAGAAUUGCAAACUAAGAUGUAAAUUAGGGAUCCUAUUAUGAUGUAACAUGCUUGCCUCAGGAAAAUAUGUUAUAUACAUUGAAUUGUAUAUUUUGAAGUUUAUUUCUGCCUUCCAUUGUUGCUUUCUCUGUGUGUGCAAGUAUGAUGUUUUUAGGUAGAUGACUGCCUUCUACAAAAUCAGGUAUACCUUUUGGUAUCAUAUCCUAGAAUUUAUUUUUGAUGGAUGAUAUAUUGAUGUGCUCAUUUAGAAAUAGUGUUAUAACGGGAAUAGUAAUAGUUGUUCAUCUGAAUUUCCAUGUUCUGCAAUUGCAAAACUUAUUGGAUUCACUGCUGUGAAGUUCCAACUGAUUUGUUUUGUUUUAAGCAUUCGAAUAAUAUAAGUUGAUAUAUUUCUAGCGGAAUCAAUAUUAUUUGUCUUAUAUGUAUAUCACACUGGCGAAAUGCCUUUUCGAAUUUAGAAAUGUGAAUGAUUUUUAAUUUAAAAAAAAAAAUUUUUUUUCAAACCUUCUUGUGUGUAAUUCGAAUUGAUGGUAAUGAUAUCUUAAAAUAGAAGGAAAACAACAUUUAUAUGUUUGGCUGCCCGUAAAAGCAUAUCAUAGUCAUAUUGUAAAGAAUAAAAAAAUAGAUAUAAGUGCGUGUAGUAGCAGGAAGAAAUCAAUAUAUGGCAACAAACUUUUUUCAUUUUUAUUUGAAAUGAUUUUGUAGUUCUUUUUGUUCGGUAGUGGUAUUGGGACUUUUCACCAUGGCUUUCUUUAUUUUCCCUAUCUGAUGAUUAUAAUUGUUUGCAAUGUUUGAGGAAAACAAUUUCUUUUUGUUCUGGUUCAAUAAUUUUGUUCAUGAUUGUAUUAUUUUUUAAUAGAAGUAGGAGAAAAUACUUUUUAUGAUCUGUGUAACCGGUAAUAUUAUGUUCCUCACUCCAAUUUACUCAAGCAGUUAAGAAUUAUUUUUGCAUCUGACUCUGUGGAACAAGUUAUAUACUCUGACAAGAGGAGAAUGUUGACAGUCAUGUAUUUAUAUUUAGUGUAAACUAUAAUUGCUAAUAACGUCAUUCAAUGAGUGAGUUUUCUAAUUACCGCAAAUGGCAAUGUUUAAUGUAUUUGCAUCAGGAAUCUUUAUGGUUAUAAUUUGCGGUAUCCCCUUGAGAAUGAAUUUCUGACUUUAUGAGAAGCUAUGAUAUAUGUUGGUGUUGUCUCCAUUUUCUUAUGUACAUUAUUUCAUUCACUUUAUUAUUAUGUUGAGAUGCUUUAUAUUUGGCUUUUCAAAAACUUUAAAAUUUCAUUUUAAACAACUAUUCUUAAGCGAAAGUAGUAUUUAGAAAAUUUGUGUAUAUUUAUUAAAUUCUGUCAUAUUAUUGACCUGCUGAAAAACUUUUCUGAAAUUGAGAAAUUUCUAAUUAUGUUGUGUGGUUCGUGAUUCAAUAUAGAUUGAAUAGAUAUAGAUACAUUGUUUUGAGAUCUUAUUUGUUCACUGAAACGAAAGCAGAAAUACAUACUUAUGUGUCGAAUACUUGUUUGUUUACCCAGUUGUUGUUUUUUUAUUAUAACAUUCUUCUUUUUCAUUGUUUUCUUCUUGUUUUCUCUGGUUUAUAAAUGCAGCUACUUCGGCAUUUUUUCCACAUAAAUAUGCUCAUACGAGUUUGAGUUCUCUGUAAUUCAUUUUCUUGUUGAAUGUGCUGAAUUUUGCCAUUGUUCAUCAAAUCAUGAUAUCGGCAAAUUUUUGUGAGAAAUUUAUUAUAAAUCCUGAUCUUUCUGAAAAUGCAAAAUUUCAACUGCAUAACUUAGAUUUGGAUUUUCCUAAAUAUAAAAACAUCUUUUCAAUUGUCGAUUGUUUUUUCAAAUUUUGUAAACUUGUAAUAUUGGUCACUUUAUUUUCAUUUAUAAAUAGCCUGUUGUGGCAGAAAAUUUUUCCACUUUUUGUAUCUUAUGCCCUAUUUGUCAAUUCAUUGUGUAAAAUGUGAAACUCGGAAAACUUUCCUAUUGCUCUGAAGAUAUUUUUGAAGGCUGUAUUGUACAAAAUUGAAUUAGUAUUUACAUUCAGUGGUGGCAAAUUUGUGCCAGCGGCUGCUUUGAUUUGAUAGGUCCUGUGUUUUAACUUCACAAACUUCUUUCUGAUAUAAAUGGCUAAUUAUAAAUGACACAGAUUUAAUUAUUUCUGCAUUUGAAUUGUCCUUUUUUGCAGA